CUAGUGCGGAGGUCCGCUGAGCUGCCUCGCGUUCAGGGAGUUUUGCCUUGCGGAGGAGGGGGGUGCAGGUGUGGGUGCUGAGCCGCCCGCCGCCUGGAGGGGGAGACUGAGCUUCAGGACACGCAGGCCGCAGCGAGGGCCCGGGCCCCAGGGACCUCAGGCCAUGGAUGCUCCCCACCCCAAGGCAGCCCUGGACAGCAUUAACGAGCUGCCCGAGAACAUCCUGCUGGAGCUGUUCACGCACGUGCCCGCCCGCCAGCUGCUGCUGAACUGCCGCCUGGUCUGCAGCCUCUGGCGGGAUCUCAUCGACCUCAUGACCCUCUGGAAGCGCAAGUGCCUGCGAGAGGGCUUCAUCACCGAGGACUGGGACCAGCCCGUGGCCGACUGGAAGAUCUUCUACUUCCUACGGAGCCUGCACAGGAACCUCCUGCGCAACCCGUGCGCUGAAGAGGAUAUGUUUGCAUGGCAAAUCGAUUUCAAUGGUGGGGACCGCUGGAAGGUGGAGAGCCUCCCUGGAGCCCACGGGACAGAUUUUCCUGACCCCAAAGUCAAGAAGUAUUUUGUCACAUCCUACGAAAUGUGCCUCAAGUCCCAGCUGGUGGACCUUGUAGCUGAGGGCUACUGGGAGGAGCUAUUGGACACAUUCCGGCCGGACAUCGUGGUUAAGGACUGGUUUGCUGCCAGAGCCGACUGUGGCUGCACCUACCAACUCAAGGUGCAGCUGACCUCAGCUGACUACUUCGUGUUGGCCUCCUUCGAGCCCCCACCUGUGACCAUCCAACAGUGGAACAAUGCUGCAUGGACAGAGGUCUCCUACACCUUCUCAGACUACCCCCGGGGUGUCCGCUACAUCCUCUUUCAGCACGGGGGCAGUGACACCCAGUACUGGGCAGGCUGGUAUGGGCCCCGAGUCACCAACAGCAGCAUCGUCGUCAGCCACAAGAGGACCAGGAACCAGGCCUCCUCCGAGGCUCAGCCUGGGAAGAAGCAUGGACAGGAGGAGGCUGCCCAAUCGCCCUACCAAGCUGUUCUCCAGAUUUUCUGACAGCUGUCCAUACUGUAUCCGGGUCAGCCAGAGGUUCCUCCAUGCAGGAGCUGAGCAUGGGGUGGGCAGUGAAGUCCCUGUACCAGCGACUCCUGCCCCGGUUCAACCCUACCAGCUUGUGGAAACUUACUGUCACAUAGCUCUGACGUUUUGUGUUAAUAAAUGUUUUCAGGCUGGGCA